AUGGGCGGGCCUGUGCCCUCGCGCCGAUCAGCUUGGGUGGGUAGCGCAUUGCUGUGCGGGCGAAUUGGUACUAAACUACCGUCGACAUCGCACCGCAAGUGUAAGAGUUGUUCUCAGCCGUCGUCGCCCAGAGAUCCCCCGUCUUCUGCUGUGCUACACCAGCUUCUCCGCGCCUGCGACGCCAAGAGCACAUCGCACGUCUCAAUUGCCUCAGCCACCACUCGCCCACGCCCACGCCUACACCCACGCCCACAACCCGCUCCACCUCGUGCCUACAGCCUGCCGCGCCCUCCCAUCCUCCGGCGGUGCGUCUCACCAGCAUCCGGAAGCCAACGGCAAAGCCUUGGGCACGCGUGCUCAAAGUACACGACAGCGACGCCUUGGGGUACCAGCCUGACCUUUUGUGAACACCGUCUGCCCCGUCGCAAGCAGUAUCGGACGACUGUCUCUCUGCGUGUGCGUGUGUGUAUGUUUCGGAUGUGCACAGGGAUUGCGUGUGGGCUGACAGACGUCGACAACUAG